UUGGAAAUCGCUGAGAUAGUUCAUUUAUUACCAUGCGAUGGCACAAACAGUGACAGUUUGAUUUUUUUUUUAUUGUUCAAAAUCUAUUGUUAUUAAAUUUUAUUACAACCAAAAUUAUUUAUUAAUCAUGGUAUUUAACAUAUCAUUGGCAAUGUUUAGGGGUUUUGUGGACAGUGUCCGAGGAAUGGUCGUUCUUUUCUAUAUGGACAAAGAAAUGAAUGAAAGAGCUAAUUUAAAAUUAACGACUAAUCGAUCUCCUGCAAAUAUGCCCCAUAACAAAUCUAGUCACAAAAGUUCAAAUCAACAAGAAGAAUCCAAAGUGAUGACAAGAAUUUUACAGUGUUGUGCUUUGAAUGGUGGUGUUUUCUGGAUGAGCAUUUUUAUAUUUGAAUAUGCUUUGCUUCCUGGGCUAAAAUUAUUUUUGAGUUUUAUUUUUGGACAUAAUAAAGGCACAGCACAUGAUAUAUGGUACUGGAUGGAACCAUUUCUAUCCUUGACCUUUCGAAUGUUUUGGGUGGUGCCUCUAUUUUUCUUGAGCAAAAUUGUGAACAGCUUAUGGUUUCAAGAUAUUGCUGAUUCAGCAUUUCGUUACAGUAGAGGGAGACCACAAUUUAUUUCAAGUAUUAGUAAGCUUAUUGCAGACACCCUUUUCAGUUUACUAGUGCAAGUUUUAUUCUUAUUACAGGCAAUGUUGAUGCAAUGGUUUCCUAUAACACCAAUCGGUGAUUUUCUUUGUCUUGUUCAUAUGUGCCUUUUGUACUCAUUAUAUGUGUUUGAAUACAAAUGGUUUAACAUGGGUUGGGAAUUACACAGUCGACUUACUUUUAUUGAAACCAACUGGCCAUAUUUUAUAGGAUUCGGUUUGCCUCUAGCUGUUUUAACUCAACUGCCUGGAUCUUAUUUAAUUAGUGGCUGUGUCUUUUCUAUACUGUUUCCUUUAUUUAUCUUGAGUGGGAAUGAAGCUAGUCCUGUUACUGAUGCUUGUGAUAUUUCCAUACCGCUUUUCAAACCUGUGAUUGCAAUAUCAAACACUUUAUUUAACCAAACUAUAAAACCGGGGCAAGCAAAAGUACUGUACACUCCAACAAGGCAUAAAGAUAAUCCAUCAAAACCAAUAAAACAAUAUUCAAGUUCCAGAUUAAUUGACACACCUAGAUAUCGAUGAGAUAAAAAUCAUUGCAUGGUUAUUUUGAUUUGUGGUUUUUUUGAUAGCUGGGUUAGGAAAUUUUAAUUUGUUUUAAAGUAUAUAUAUAUAGAUCAAAAUAAGUAUGAUCAUUAUUUUUGGCAGCAGUC